AUUUCCGAGAAUUCAUGUGUUCGCUCUAYGUAUCAACACGCGGGUCUAUGGAACAGAAACUCAAAUGGGCUUUCAGUAUAUACGACAUAAAUGGUGAUGGUUUUAUAACAAAACAAGAAAUGUACCGCAUUGUCGACGCACUGUAUAGAACGGCAGGGGACGAUCCCACAACUAACAAGAGUUUGGUGGCUCAGUGGGAAGAGCUUGAUCCGGAAGAGCGAACACUAAAAGUGUUCAGGAGCUUUGACACAAACAGAGACGGGCUUCUUUCACUGUCAGAAUUUCUAGAAGGCGCCAAGAAAGACAAAACUUUAGCUUUAAUUCUUGAAAAUCAGUCGUGUGAUUUUUGA